GAAUGUUGUAGAUAGAUUGUUUAUGUUUCUUUAACUUUAAAUUAACUUAAGAAUUUGAACACUUGACUGUGAUGGAAAGUUGAAAAUCUUUUAGUCCCGAUUUGUAAAUACAAAUCAAUUAUUUGCCGAAAUUUUGUACUUGUUUACAUCAGAAACAGCAACAAAAACAAAACAUCGGCUGCGCUGACUGAUGAAGAUUUGAAGCCCGGAAAUUGCGAAAACUUUUUUUUAAUGUGAUUGUAAUUUAUUAUUCUUUUGAAAGAACAUUAUUUGAAAUGGAAUCUACUGCUCAAGUUAUUGAUGAUGAUGAAAAAAUAUAUAUGGAUUGUUACUACCGUUUAUUGCAGUGCAAAAAGAAUAAAAACUUUAGUAAUGCUUUAAUUGUGCUUCAGGAAAUGAUAGUUCUAUCUGAUAUUCACUGUGUAAAACUGAAACUUCCCGAAUCAAGCAUUGAAAAACUGAAAGCUGAAUUAUUAGCCGAGUAUUCUAAUAUAAAAGACUUAAUGAAAUAUGGAGAUAUGCUUUCUGUUCAAUCGAACACAAAUACUGCUGGCGUUUCUAGUUCAUUACUUACAGACGUAAAUAUUGAAGAACACGCGAAGCAUUUCGUGGAAUAUUUUAAUAAGUUAAAGAUUGCUGAUGAAAUUGCAAAGAAAGUUGUAAAAAAACCACCCCAAAAUGAAUUUUCCCUGCCCUUACAAUCGCGAGGAAAAACUGGAAAUAAUUUAUCAGUACAGGUAAAAUCUGGUCUCAGCAAAAGUGAUGCCUCUAAAAAAAGACCCAUUCCAUAUGAUCACACGACAGAAAAUAAUGCAAAAAAACCCGCAAGUAAAAAUAUGUAUGGAAAUAGGACUUACAUGAAACCAAGCGUGAUCGAAAUCUCAACGACCAAAUCUUAUGAAUGCAGUUUUAAAUCAGCCAAGUCUGUGUAUCGAAAUCCCAUGAAGGAUCAAGCUCAGACAGAAAGUGUUUCAAUCAGAGGGCAAGAUGAUAAUUCUGAUAUAAGAAAUCAUGACACUUUGAAACAUUUUGAUAAAAAAAUUGUUGAUGUUAUUUUGCAUGAAAUAAUGGAUUUCAGCCCAAACAUCAAAUGGAGUGAUAUUGCUGGGUUAGAAUUUGUGAAAGCUACCGUACAAGAGAUAGUUAUCUGGCCCCUGUUACGGCCAGACAUUUUCAAAGGCUUGAGAGCUCCACCAAGAGGUAUUUUAUUGUUCGGCCCUCCCGGCACAGGUAAAACUUUAAUCGGGAAAUGCAUCGCAACAGAGUCAAAUUCCACAUUUUUUUGCAUCAGUGCAUCGUCUUUGGCUUCAAAGUGGGUGGGGGAGAGUGAACAGCUCGUAAGGGCUCUGUUCGCCGCCGCUCGGUUGAAUCAACCGGCAGUAAUAUUCAUUGAUGAGAUCGACUCUCUGCUCUCCCAACGAAGCGACAAAGAUCAAGAUUUCACUAGAAAGCUGAAAACUGAAUUUCUCGUGCAGUUCGACGGCGCAAAAACCGAUACAGAAGAAAGAGUGUUGGUGGUUGGGGCAACGAACAGACCUCACGAGCUCGACGAAGCUGCAAGGAGACGAUUUGUGAAAAGGUUGUAUGUGCCAUUGCCCGCAGCUGCUGCGAGACGGCAGAUUGUAGAAAAAUUGCUGUCUUCUCACGAGCAUGAACUGUCUGAUGAAGAUUUUUCUAAGAUAUGUGACGAAACGGAUGGGUAUUCCGGUUCUGAUGUGGCACAUUUGUGUAAAGAAGCUGCUAUGGGACCCAUCCGCUGCAUCGGCCCCGAAAGUAUCAAGACUGUGGCCAUUGACCAAGUACGUCCUAUCCGUUUGGGGGAUUUCAUUAGUGCUUUGAGGCAAGUCAGGGCAAGUGUUGCUCAAGAUGAUCUGGAUUAUUAUAAGGAUUGGAAUAAGAAAUUCGGCAGUUUUGAGUUUCAAAGUUGAUAACUACUGAUCACACUAUCCAAAUUUACCAAAAAUUAAAAACUGAUGGGUUAGAAACUCCUGCCUUUCAAAACAUUUUUCCUUUUUCAAA